AUGAGCAGACUCAUCUCCCACAACUACGCCGCCGUGGUAGUCGGCGCUGGCCCUGCAGGUGUCGCAGUGCUCGGAAACCUUCUCGAAUUAGGUCUUACCAGAAUCGCUUGGAUAGAUCCUGUAUUCGACGGAGGACGCGUAAAUAGUAAAUACCGCGAGGUCCCCAGCAACACCAAAGUCUCGUUUUUCCGCUCAUACGCCACAGGCGUCCAACCAUUCCGCAACAUAGCACAAACCGCCAAGACGCCGAAUGCGUUCUCGGUCAUGAACAAAUUGGAUCAGGACGAGACGUGCUCUCUGCACUAUGCGGCUGAUAUGAUUAAAGAUCUUACGGCGGGCUUGUUGAAGAUGAAACAAGUUUCUCCGUUUCGGGGGGAAGUGAUGAGUGCCAAUUUUGAAGAUAACAAAUCAAGAUGGACAGUGCGAAUCAAACCCACAGAUCCAUCCUCCACAAACAUCGAAGUCUCAACACCCCGCCUGAUCCUCUGCACAGGCUCAUCACCAAAAUCCCUCUCCUCACCAUACCCAUCAGCCGCAGGAACAUCAUCAACCACAAACCUAAACGAGCUAAACCUCGACACAGUCCUCAAACCUAGCCUUCUCGCUGAAAUACUUCCCCGCAACGAGGCUCUCACAAUAGCCGUCAUAGGCGGCUCCCACAGCGCAAUCCUGGCAAUCAUGAACCUAGUGGAUCUCGCCCAAACUACGCACCCGUCCCUGCGACUCAAAUGGUUUACCAGAAACCCACUCAAAUACGCCGAGUUUAUGGACGGAGGCUGGAUUCUGUACGAUAAUACAGGUCUAAAGGGACAAGCAGCGCAAUUUGCGCGUGAGCAGCUCGAGGAUUCGCAGCUACCGAAUUCGGUUGCGGGAAGGUUUAUUGAGAAAGUUGACACGAGCGAUAGAGUGAAAGAAGAGAAUAUCUAUCGUGAGCAUUUGCCGGAAUGUACUUAUGUGGUGUAUGCGAUUGGGUAUGAGCGGAAUGCGUUACCGGAGCUUAGUCGGAAUGGUCAGCCGAUUGUUUCUCGAAAACAGGAUUUGAAAUGGGAUUCUGGGUUUGGUGGGUUUUUGGAUGCGAAGGGAGAUGUGAUACCAGGUUUGCAUGGUGCUGGGAUUGCGUUUCCGGAGACAGUGGUUGAUCCUAGAGGGAACGUUGAGCAGGCGGUUGGGUUUUUCAAGUUUAUGAAGUUUUUGAAGAGGGUUACGCCUACGUGGAUUUGA